UUUCAUAUUUGUGUUAGGCAUUCUUGAAUCUAACAUGGCUGACGCUGAGUCCGCUUCCAAAGACAAGCCCAAUGUUUGUUCAUUUUCUUUCAAGAAGACGAAUAAACGAAAGGGAAAUAGAAGAAAAAAACAAAGCAGUAGUGAAGACAGUGAUAAGAGCGAUGGUGGUGAUGGAAAUAUUGCUGUGAAAACUGCAAUUUUUAAGCGAAAAGUCAAUCCUAUGGUUCAGUCGACAAAGAAGGUGAAACUAUUUAAUGCUGAUAAAUACAGUUCUAGUAGUGAAGAUGAAGCUGGCACUAUGUCUGUAUCAUAUAAAUCAAGCAGAACGGGGAAAAGAGAAGGUCCAGAUGAUUCAGGUGCUACAGCAGUGGUAGAGAUCGAUACAGAACUAAGUAAAGAUGCUCAGGCUAUAUAUGAGCGAUCUUUACAAGUUAAUAAGGAUUUAAAAGGUAAAGAAGAUGAUAAAGUAUAUAGAGGUUUAAAUAAUUAUGCUCAGUAUUAUGAGAAGAAAGAUACAGCACAGGGAAAUGCUGCUAGUGGAAUGGUCAGGAAAGGUCCCAUUCGUGCACCAGCCCAUCUCCGUGCUACAGUACGCUGGGAUUAUCAACCUGAUAUAUGCAAAGAUUAUAAAGAAACUGGUUUUUGUGGUUUUGGAGACAGCUGUAAAUUUUUACAUGACAGAAGUGAUUAUAAACAUGGUUGGCAGUUAGAAAGAGAAAUGACAGAAGGCAGAUAUGGACAAAAUGAUAAUGAUAAUUAUGAAAUAAGUAGUGAUGAGGAUGACCUACCAUUUAAAUGUUUUAUUUGUAGAAAUUAUUUCAAAGAUCCAAUAGUCACAAAGUGCAAACAUUAUUUUUGUGAGAAAUGUGCUUUAAGUCAUUAUAGAAAGAGUAAAAGAUGUUUUGUAUGUAAUGAACAGACAAAUGGUGUUUUUAAUCCUGCUAAAGAAUUAAUAGCUAAGAUGGACAAGAAAAAGUUGAAUGACAGUGAUAGUGAUGAAGUAACAAAUGAAGUUAAGAAUAGUGAUGUAGAAAAUGAUGUAGAUAGUGAUGAAGAUAAACCUGAGGAUGGAUAAUAACACAGAAUGAACACCAUAUAAUUUUAUGUAAUCAACAAGGAAAUCACAUUGUAAAUAUCAUAUUGUAAAUAAAUCAUUUUUUAUCAA